AAAACCCCCACUUCCCUAGGUGGCGCUCCCUAGCUCCGUACUACUGCAUGAAGCUCAUAUCGAAACUGAUCAAAUCCCGGAAUACAGCUGAGGAGUUGUCUGUAAAAUGGAUCCGCUGCUCAUUCAUUAUAGACAGACAGCUCUGUAGAAACACGUCAGGCUCGGAUUUAUCUCAGACAUGAAGAGGACGUAUUUAACCAUGAUGGGAACUGCAUGGAGCGACUCUUCACCUUCGCCGAAUCAGAGUUCUAGUGAACCUGUCAUCCCUCUUCCACUGGACAUAUUGGAAGAAAUCUUCCUAAAUUUGCCUCCCCAAGAUGUGGUGUGUGUGUGUCGAUUAGUGUGCCGCCAGUGGAAAGAUCUGGCCGACAGCGAGUCUUUUUGGAGAGAGAGAAGUAGAAGAGAGGGAUAUUAUCUCCGUGAUCCUUCCAAAGUACCCAGCAACUGGAGGUUGUUUUACUUCUUGUGCAAGAAGAGGAGAAAUCUCAUAAAGAAUCCAAGAGCAGAAGAUGAAUUUCGGGGUUGGAGAAUCCUUAAGAACGGUGGAGAUAAGUGGAAAAUAGAGGGAUCUAUGGUGAAACAUUCAAAUCCAGCAGUCCAGAAAAAUUUUGUCACCUCCUAUGAAUCGUGCACAAAAGAGCAGGUGAUCAAUUUGAUGGAAGAAGGUUACAGCCCAUCAUUUAUGGAUGAGUUCCAGCCGUACAUCCGGAUAUCCGACUGGUAUGCACCCCGCUGGGAUUGUGGAAGCAUCUAUAAGAUUUGUGUGCAGUUACUAAAUGAUGAGCAAGACGUUCUCCAGGAAUUUCGUCCUGAGCCCAUUUCCUUUCCUCAGAGGAAUGAUCAGCAGUGGAAUCAAAUGGUGCAUGUCUUCAAGGACUAUGGACCAGGAGUGAGAUAUGUCCGUUUUAAGCACGGUGGUAAAGACACAAAGUGGUGGGCUGGAUGGUUUGGCAUUCGUGUAACAGAAAGCUGUGUUGAAGUUUGCCCAGCAUUGGACAACUAGCUCUUUGAUGCAACUGUGUUAGGAAGACAGCUUAGAUCUAAAAUCUACUUCUUUGUAGAUUUCCACAUCUGUUCCACAUUGUUAAUUUUCUACCAACUGCUAUGUCUUAAAUGCAACCAUCUGCUUUUUCUGACAUGUUAGCUGAAUAUUUAUUCACGUUAUGAUGCCUUUAUGUGGUGUUAUGAAUAAAGAGAAACGUCAAACUUUGCUCUUUAUGUAAAUGCAUAUUCUUGGUUUGCAAAUAACAGCCUAAUUUUAUGCAGCUGUCAAAGUGACGUCUAUUUACACAUAAUGUUAAUUGGAAAUAAUUUAUUUACAGUAUUGUUGAAGUAUUUGUCAUUGGACAGUCAUGAAUAUUUUUAUGGUGUUGGACCAUAGUAAGUUUGUAAACACAGGUCUCUGCAAUGUUAAACCUAUUUACAUGAUGUGUAAAUAGGUUUCAUAAGUUCACGCAAGUACUUAUGAAACCUACUUGUGUGUAAAGGAUUCAUAAUCACAUUUUUUGUGGCAACACCAUAUGACAAGCAGAGUGUUCAUAAAGCUUCUGAUUCAAUAAAAGGUUUUGCUAUAUUGAA